UCUCCUCCUCCAGGUACAUGGAGCCUCGUCUCCUCUGUGGACAAAGACAAGUUCAAGUUGAAGGAGGUGUACCUAAUAAAGUGGCCAGUGACUGUAACUGCUGUGACAGAUCUUGACAUCUGUCUUUACAGAAUCUACAGCAGAUAAAGCAGGAGGAGUCGUGUUUCUCUGCAGGCUGAUGAUCUCGUCCCCAAGGGUGACCCGGGUCAGCGCUCGCCUCGACUCUCUGACCAAACACAAAGAGGGUGUUUCCAGCCCGCGGCCGUGGUCACUUUCACCCGUCACUCAGACUUUCUCCCACCGCCGCCCGCAGACUCCAGCCUCCCACAGAGAGACGUUGCUUAAAAUCGCUCGGCUGCAAAGACUCGAGGUUUACCGCAAGAAACAAGGAUAAAUAACUCCUUUUCUACAUCGGAACUUAAAUUGUGAAGGUGAGAGCUCCCUGGAGAUGUCUGCUGUCGAUAGAAGAGGCGCUCGGGAGCCUCGCUGGGAGACCAAGAAACCUUCCAGAAGCCAGGAUUUAAAGCCUCCUCUGGGACUUCUGGCUCGGCGUCGGCCUCCCGUCGGCACGAGCACCUGGCCGCCUGAUGGCUCCCGUUCUGCACAGCACAAACACCGGGGACCCAUUUAUGUGUCUUUUGUCAGUAAGGCCGUCCUGUGGGACCGAGGACUGUGUCACUACACCCCUCCCGUCCGUCCAGUGUCUCGUCCCUCACUGUGUCCACGCUUCCUGUCCCACAUGAGAGCUCGCCCCGAGGACUUCCGACCGCCGUGUUUCCAGAACUUCAAGUCCAGACCCGAGCCUCGGUCUCCGUCUGCGGCCAGGACGCCGAGCGCACACGCCUCCUUCACCACUCCGCAGACCCCGGCGCUGGAGGGAUUUUUCCAUCUCACUCCACACAGAAGAAGAGGAAGUAGUAGAAGUAGACAUGUGGUGAAGGAUGAAGGUGUGAUCACAGGAAGGAGCUCUGCUGUUGUGGUCGUUCCCUGUCCUCCGCUUCCUGUCACACCGUCUCUGUCCACCAUUAGUCCAGCGAGGAACCACCACGACAAUCUUCACCUGGAUUCUGGAGGAGGAGAAAAACACAAAGCAAACACGAGUCCAGUGUCUCCAUCGUCUUCCACCUCCUCCUCCCCCACCUGCUCCUUCCAUCGUUCGCUGGAGGACAAAGAGGAAUCUGAGAAGAUGGAGGAUGUUCCUCGAGCCGCUGCAGCGUCCGUCACAGAUCCUGACGUGGAGCUGCUCCUCAGGUCUGCUGGUUCUGGACGCUCAACCUCAGAGAUGCUGCUCUCACGGACGUCCUUCUCAGAUUUAAGUCGUCCUCCAUCCAGUUUAUUCAGCCGCAGCACGAACCUGAGCGGCAGGAGCAGCAUCCUCUCAGUUUACAGGGACUCAGACCCAGGUGGCAGUGGUUGUUUCUCCAAGUCUUCUCCAGAGCUGCAGUCACCUGUGGUCCGUCACACUGCAGCAGGGACUCGCUCUCACCAAUCCUCUACCACCAACACCACCAACACCACCACUAGUCUUCCUCUCCAUGAACAAGUCUUUGGCCAAACCAAACAUCUCUCACCUCACCCAACUUCACACCUCCGUCCAAUUUUAGACAAACCUUCCAGCAGUAACACAAAACACAAAACAGCAGAAAUCCAACACCGGGAUGUCGUCACAGAUCCUGGUCUUGACCCAUCCUGGGACUCUAAUCAUGGCCUUGUUCCACUGGCUUUCCCCUCUACCACUUGGUCCUCCUGCCCAAGUCCAGAGAGCACGACAACUCCCCACUGCUCAGGGUCAGGAGCAAAGUUGACCCCUUCUCCUCCUCCACUGCAGUCUCAUCGCUGGCCCGUUCUGCCGCCCAUCUCUCCUCUCAUCAAAGGACGCUGCGGCUCAGCUGCGUCACGUUACUCGGAGCUCAGCUGCAGUCAGUCCCGCGUGUUUGACGAGCUGGAGGCCAUCGCUCCCCGGUCGGAUUCCUGUCCCUCCCUGGACGAGGCGUCCGACUCGUCGGGCUGUCCUUCACCUGACACAGUGCUGUCUCCUGGCCUGGCGGCGCUGACGGUGGGCUGUGACUCGGGGAAACUGGGCCCUCUGUCCCGGGUCCAGCUGCUCCUACUGGACCGACCAGAACCUGAGACCUUGCCGAGUCCUUGCAGUGUGGACGAGGAGUUCUCGCCAGUGCAGGACUGGAUGGAAAUGAGGAUGCAGCAUGAUCCGCGAUUUAAUUCAGAAGGUGUUUUGAGGCCCCUCACAGCUGGCGACGUCUCUGAAAGGUGUGACUCCGCAGGGAAAGUCCAGGAAAACAAAUCGGAUCAGUCUGAAGGAGGUUCCGGUUCUCCGUCUUCAUGGAUCAUAGACCCGAGUCCUUCACACAACAUGUUCAGAUCCUCACUCUCUCCCUGCCCGUCCAACUAUGCGCCAGGUCGCAGCUCGGACGAAGGAGGAGGCCCCGACGAGGACGACGAAGCCUCGGCCGUGGGGAGGAGCCCGGAGAGUCUGAGAAUCAGAAGUGAAGAGGAGGAGGAAAGAAGGACGGCGGAGGAAAGGAGGACCAACGCGCUGAACAUGCUCUCCAAACUGCAGGAGGAGCCUCCUCGACAGAGCAGCAGCAGGAAAGGCUGCUCCAAUUUUGAAGAUUUCGACUUUUUGGCAAAAUACUGCAUUUUUAGUCCGGAGAAGCUGGAGGAAUAUGAACGAGCUUUUGAAGCAGAGGACAGCGACGGUGACGGCUACAUCUCCUGCCUUCAGGUUCUUCUCGCUCUGAAGAGCAUCGUGCCUUUACAGCUGCUGUCGGACGAGGAGGAAAUCUACGUCUAUAGGAUCCUGGAGAUGGUGGACUUCAGAGUGACAGAUGGACUCGUGGACCUGAGGCUGUUUUCUGUGAUCGCCAGUCUGGCACAGAAAGUCACCACCAUGGAUGACUUCAUGCGAUCGCUCAUCAGCAGCACGGACUUUCGCUCCCUCGAGGUUCGGCUCUUCAAAGCAAAGCAACUGUUCCUGUUCCUCCUGGAGGAGCAGCGAGGAGACGCCGGACCUCAGCAGGGAUUCAUCAGCGCCGAGCAGCUGCUUCUGGAGCUGAAGGCCGGCGGCAUCCGCCUGGAGCAGGAGGCGGCCGUCAGACUGGAGCUGCAGCGCUUCCCUCCUCUGGACCUGCUGGACUUCCUGGCCUAUCUGCCCCUCUUCAUGCUCAUCCACAAGUCCGUCAUCUCCAACCCUCUGGACGACUCCUGCAGGACCUGACCCGCGGUCACGGUCCGGUCUGUUCCUGUGAGGCUCAAGUAUCUGCGGCACUUCUAUACCACAGGGAUUCACUGGAGACAAGUUCACGGGCAUUUUUUUUAUUCUUUUAAAACUGUGAGUGGAGGGAAAAUUACAAGAUAUUGAUUGUAUUUUAUGAUUUUAUAUGUGAGAAAGUAUAAAGUUGCUUGUGAAAUUA